AUGGGAAUGAAAGCAAAAGAGUCCUCCAGCAUGAAGAAUCUUAUCAUCCACAGCGCUCUUCUCGAACUGUACUACAAACAAAGGAGACACAUUUCUCUGAACUCUCUUCUCUGCAAAAUUGGCGUCCUGCAGAAAUUUACGCUUGUGGAGGUAAUAUCUGCGAAAAUAUACAGCAACAUGGUAAUCAGGUUCCUGCCGCAGUACAACUCACUUGAGAUCUUUCUCACAAUGUGCAUCAUCUUCAGGAAGUACUGGAACGACUUUUCUCUGAAAAACAUGCAGGAGGUUGACAGGAGCAUUUUAAACAUUAAAAAGCUGAACAGAAUAGAAACAGAAAUACUGAAAACCAUUCAAUACACGAUAAGCAUAACAAAAGACCAAAUACAGAGAGAGAUAGAAAUAGAGAAGAAUGUAGACAAAACGUACAAAGAAGCAAUGUCUGUAAUAAAGUGCAUAGCAAUGCAGUAG